AUGCGUUUCUUCGCUCUUGCCGCCGCUCUCGUGUCAGCUGUCGCUGCCGAAACUUUUACCGUCAUCGUGGGUGGUAAUUCCACAAUUACUUACAACCCGACAUCAGUCAAUGCCACUAACGGAGAUGUCAUCCAAUUCCAAUUUGUUUCCAAAAACCACACACUCACUCAAUCCAGUUUUGCUGCACCUUGUACUCCUUUGGCUGGUGGAGUUGACUCGGGCUUUCAAGCUGUCGCUACAAAUGCAACCACAUUCCCAGUUUGGAGCUUCACUUUGACGAAUACGAGUGCUCCCCUCUGGUUUUAUUGCGCUCAAGUUGGCCAUUGCGCAAACGAUGGAAUGGUAUUUGCCGUCAACCCAACUGCUGCAAAGAGCUUCGAGGCUUUCCAGGCUGCCGCUCUUGCUACAGGUACCAACUCCACCACGACCAAUUCAACCGCCAGUGCAGCAACUUCAGGGACCUCCACCGCUUCUACCGCUUCUGGAUCCACUGUAGCAAGUGCAAGUGCUGCCGUUGCAUCGCAGUCUGCUGUAGGAGCUGCCACAACUGCCAAUGGUGCUACAGCGUUAGCUUCAAGCGCGAUUGCUGGUCUAGUAGCAGUGUUUGGUGUUGGUAUUGGACUUUUGUUGUAA